AUGGACUCCUUGUGGGUCUCUCCAGUUGUUGACCUCGUCUUGUUCGCAGCUGUAAAGGACACCGCAAGGCUCGGAAUGGUUUGUGGGAGAUUGUUGCUGGUUUUGUGGGUGUUCGCUGGGUGCUCGUCAGGUGAUCAUUUUGGUCUUCAAAGGUCGCAGAUUCAGCUAUGGCGGAAUGCGCAAAUGACAGCGACUUCUCGAAGAACAACAGCUCAUUGA